AUGGAGGUGGAGAAACUUCCGUGGGAGUUAGAGGUAGAGAUACUAUCUCGUGUUCCACCUUUAUCUCUUGUCCGAUUUAGAACCGUCUGCAAACGGUGGCAGACUCUUUUCAACGACAAGAUGUUUAUAAACAACCACUUGGCUCAUUCCCGUCCACAAUUCAUCUUAUGCACAAAAUCUCAGAUUUAUUCGGCAUGCAUCCACGAUCUCGAUGGAAACGAUCCAUCGAUAAAGAUGCGUAAGCUAGUCCUUGACUAUCCAAAUUUUAUGUUGCCGAAAAAAAUUGUUUAUUGCGACGGGUUCUUGCUUUGUAUAUCAGACCAAGGGGUGGCUGUUUGGAACCCUUGGUUGAGACAGACUAGAUGGUUAGACUACCAUGAAAGUUGUGGUAUUAGAAAAUAUGGCAUAUUAUACGACAUUAAGAGCAAUGGUUAUAAGAUCCUUAGGUACGUUAUUGAUUUGGAUGCGUGUCUAGCCAACCGGAAAAUACAGAUCUAUGAAAUUGCAUCUAAUGCAUGGAAAGUUGUUAAUGUUGAAGACACUCUUAAGGAAAACCUAAUUUACUUAAGUAAUUCAGUAUCUUUGAAUGGAACUUUGUAUUACAUUGCUUUUACUUACGAAGACUCUUGUUGGUAUUCCAUCCGGCGCUUCACUUGUGCUACGGAGAAAUUUGACACACUAUGUCGUCUGCCGUGCAAAAAUGUUCGAGAAAAUACUAGAGUCCUCGCACUUUUCAAGAGAGACCGACUAUCAGUAUUAGAGCAAUGUGAUGCAACUAAUGAAAUCGUGGUUUGGGUGACAAAAGAGAAUAUUAAAAACGAGGAUGACGAGGCUGUGCUGUGGGUGAAGUUCAUGACCGUCUCAAUAAGUAUCCCAAAAUUGUAUCACAAAAAUUAUAAUUUUAUCUGUGACCCAUGUUACUUCAUCGACGACACCGACGAUAAGAGGCUCGUGGUGUGUUUUGGGGACCAAUUUGGACAAGCUUGUAUCUACAUCGUGAAGGGACAUGAGUUGAAAAAAAUCAAAAUAGAUCCUAUGGUUGAAUCUUUGACUAAUGUUUGCGCCUAUAUCCCUAGCCUGGUCCCUAUUUUAGGACAAAUUUAA